AUGAGUGAAUCUUUGAAAAACGUACUUUUAAAAAUUCCUUCGGUUGACACCGUAAAAAAGAAGACCAGUCCUUCUUCUCCGCGCGAUUUCUUCGAAAGACUUUACGGACAUUUAGACAGUCAAAAAGACAUUCCCGAUAAGGAAUUUGGGCCGGGAGUGCAAAGAGAGGAGAAAAAACCUUUAAAAUCGCAAAUUCACCAGCCAAUACCAUUGAACUUCUUUUACUCUAAGAACAAUACAGAGCCGUGUUACCGAUAUCUACCCAGGAAAGACAACCUAGGUAGGGACUGUGCGAGUGACAACGCGGCUAUGAGGGAAGCGGACUCCUUGACGGGAGAGUCUGACUGCGAAGUGGACAUCGAGUCUGACAACGAAGAAGAUGUACACUAUCACAACGACAAACGGUUCGUAGUGAGAGACUCUCAAGGGAAACCCGAUGUCUCGAUCGAAUCGAAAAAGUCUGCAAAUGUAUCGUUUCCUGAGACCACAUUGGACAAAACAGACUUACACUUGCGGCAAGAAGCGUGGAGAAUGCGGAUGGAUGAAGGACCCUCUAAGCCUAUUGGGACCGGGUACCCCUUGCCUCUGGGUCUGCCGUACCCCCAUAGACCCACCGAGGACCCCCACCAGCCGAUGUUCCUCAGACCAUUCCUAGGAGGCCCACAUGAGGGGGCAUUCCCCCCGGGCUUCACUGCAUUCCUGGCCAGACGAAGACGAAAGGAAGGCAGACCCAGGAGGCAACGUACGACGUUCUCCAGUGAGCAGACUCUGCGGUUGGAGCUGGAGUUCCACAGAUCAGAGUACAUCUCCAGAAGCCGCAGGUUCGAGUUGGCGGAGGCGCUGAGACUUACAGAAACCCAGAUUAAGAUCUGGUUCCAGAACAGGAGGGCCAAGGAUAAGCGUAUCGAGAAGGCCCACAUCGACCAACACUAUAGGAACAUGGCUCUAGCCAGCGGCAUGGUGCCAGGGUUUCCCAACAGUUUCCCACCCCUGGCGUCAACCAGUCAGUUCUGCACCCUCUGCUUCUACAAGGACGGCACCCACAGUCACCUGUCCUCAGAGGCCGAAGUAGCAUCCUCCUCCAGUCCCUUGGGUAGUCUCAGUAGACUGUCGUCCCCUGGCCGCGAGAUGACAGCCAACUGA